AUGGACGUGUUGGGUUGGCUGCUGCCAUCGCUUCUGCUGCUGGGCGCGCAGCCGCACCACGGCGCCAGUUCUGAGGACCCCGCCGACCUUUCUGAUGCCUGGGUGCUGUCCGUCGUCCCCGGUGCUGAAUGCUGCGCUGCGGGGCGGGUUUGGAGCCUCCAGACCAGAGCAAUGAAUGACAUCGGGGACUACGUGGGCUCCAACCUGGAGAUAUCCUGGCUCCCUAACCUGGAUGGCCUAAUGGAGGGCUAUGCCCGAAACUUCCGACCAGGCAUUGGAGGUCCCCCUGUGAACGUGGCACUUGCCCUAGAGGUAGCCAGCAUUGACCACAUCUCUGAGGCAAACAUGGAGUACACCAUGACAGUGUUCCUGCACCAGAGCUGGCGGGACAGCAGGCUCUCCUAUAACCACACCAAUGAGACCCUAGGUCUGGACAGCCGCUUUGUGGACAAGCUAUGGCUUCCUGACACCUUCAUUGUGAAUGCCAAGUCUGCCUGGUUCCAUGACGUGACUGUGGAAAACAAGCUUAUCCGCCUACAGCCUGACGGUGUGAUCUUAUACAGCAUCCGCAUCACCUCCACAGUGGCCUGCGACAUGGACCUUGCCAAGUACCCCAUGGAUGAGCAGGAGUGUAUGCUGGACCUGGAGAGCUAUGGCUACUCUUCGGAGGACAUUGUCUAUUAUUGGUCAGAAAACCAGGAGCAGAUCCACAGGCUGGACAGGCUGCAGCUGGCCCAGUUCACCAUCACCAGUUACCGCUUCACCACGGAGUUGAUGAACUUCAAAUCGGCUGGCCAGUUCCCGAGGCUCAGUUUGCACUUCCAGCUUCGGAGGAACCGGGGUGUCUACAUCAUCCAGUCUUACAUGCCCUCUGUCCUGCUGGUUGCCAUGUCCUGGGUCUCCUUCUGGAUUAGCCAGGCAGCGGUGCCUGCCAGGGUAUCUCUAGGCAUCACUACUGUGUUGACAAUGACCACACUCAUGGUUAGUGCCCGCUCCUCCCUGCCGCGGGCUUCUGCUAUCAAGGCCUUGGAUGUGUAUUUCUGGAUCUGUUAUGUCUUUGUGUUUGCUGCCCUGGUGGAGUAUGCAUUUGCCCACUUCAACGCUGACUACAGGAAGAAACGAAAGGCCAAGGUCAAGGUCACAAAGCCAAGGACGGAGAUGGAUGUGAGGAAUGCCAUUGUCCUCUUCUCCCUCUCGGCUGCUGGGGUCAGCCAGGAGUUGGCCAUCUCCCGUCGUCAGGGCCGUGUCCCUGGGAACCUCAUGGGCUCCUAUAGGUCUGUGGAAGUGGAGGCAAAGAAAGAGGGGGCGUCCCGCCCAGGGGGCCCAGGAGGCAUCCGUUCCAGACUCAAACCCAUCGAUGCGGACACCAUCGACAUCUACGCCCGAGCUGUGUUCCCUGCAGCUUUCGCAGCUGUCAACAUCAUCUACUGGGCAGCAUACACCAUGUGA